GGAUUAGGAAACCAUCGGCCGUCCUCUUCCUGCUUACUCCCAUCAGCAGGACCCUUCCGUUCAUUCUUUCUAUCCACCGAUAACCAUCAACAAUACGCUCGUUCAGUUCGUAACUUAUAACCAGCCAAGCUGCAGAAGACAAGCCCUUGACCACUGAUCACUACUACUUCUAUCGAACCGAUAUGCGAAGGACUCAGUCAAAGGGACUUCAAUUCGUGAAGCUCACAAUUGUCUGUUGCGCUUCGCUUUCGCUGCUGUCAGUCCCUUCUGAGGCCAAAGUACCAGACCAUGAGCCAGUCAGUCACCACGAGAGACGCUCUCUUGCACCCGCCGGAGUACCGCCGUCGCCUGCGCCAGCACCAGCACCAGUGGGAGCAACCCCUGCAAGCGUCUCUGCACCCACACCUCCCUCAACCCCUAGUGAUCCCCACGCAUGCCAGAAGCUCCCAAUCACACCCGAUACAUGGAAACUCCUUGACAUUGAUAACACUUUGCAGCGCCUACCUGGGGGACAAAAUAUGACAAUUGCUCAAUACGCUGCUGCCAACGGUGCCGGGAAUUUCAUAUGCGGAAUCGGGGAAAACUGCAAUGCCGGUCAACUGUGCCAUCCUGUCAAAGCUCCCGCAUGGCAAGUCCUGUACGCUACCCAGGAAUACACUGCCUUCACCAAUGCUCUGACGGACUCAAUCAACUAUGCCCUUUCCCAAUUGCAAGCCAUUGCUGCAUCCAUGUCCCAGGAUCUCGUCGAAAAUAUCGCUGAUUCAAGAUUGGAGGUCGACUUGAAGUGGUUGUUCACCGACAUGUACCGUGGGAUCGCCUAUGGGGCAACUGCCUUAUUCAUUAUCAGUUUCACGGCCAAAUCAUUCGGGGGCAUUUUCGAAGUCGCAGCGAUGAUUCUAUUUUUGACGGGUGUCGGAGCAGGCAUAGCGGCUUGGUUCCAGGGUGCUCCCAAGACCGCAUCGUUCGUAUCCUGGUCUAAGUUAUCGUUCUACAUCACUCAAGCCCAAGGAGAGCUUGCCACCCGGAUCACUGAAGCCACAGAGAAAACUUUCAAGGCUGGAAUAACGUCUGAAAACGGUUUGGCCAAGAUUUUGGCAGGUGGCCACUUCUUCACCCCUGCAUCACCCGUUGGCAUCAUGGAAACCACCGAGAAAUCUAUCAUGCAAAUCGUACAAGGCCGUUUGUUGGCAAGGCUACUUCGCGCACAAAAUGCGUAUAUCACAAUAUCACCGGACGAUUGCCACGGGAAAGGACCAGGCGGAUCGCGUGAAGGAAAUGAUGUGCUUUCGUACUGUGACCCUGGCCAAAAGCUGCUAUUCAACGUCGUCCGGGCCCACAAAAAGAAGACGAUUAACACUAUUUAUGGCGCAUCUGCUGUCACAAACAAAUACGGCUUCACCGUAGAAUUUAUCGUCAAGAACUCCUGGGAGUGCCAAAAGAAGUACGGUAACUUUGAGCACGACGUUUUCGCCGACGCCAGCAAGGUUUCUCCAAACGAUAUGAUGAGCACAGAUUGUAUUAUCAAUUUGCCCGUCUGUGACAUGCGAGACGACUAUGUCAGAAACUUGAAGUUCUCCCGCCACAAAACGACUACCUAUGCAUGCCGAAAAGGCGGGGGUCUUCCAAUCUAGCGCAUCCGCAACACUCGACCGUCUUUUAUUCUCUAGAUUUAAUCUUUUCCGCUUUUGUUCGUACAGCCCGCCGAACGCUCAUCCUUGCUCUUUUAAGCUUGAGAUGCUGAAUAAUUCUGAAUCUCACCUUCUUGUCACUGUGCCCCCCCCCCCCCAUGGGCUUGUUCGAUUCACAUAUUUUCUUAAAUAACAUAUGGAAUUCUCAGCGCAAGCAUGUAAAACUUACUGCUUUCUACAAUUGUCUUCUGUUCCAAUCCUUUUUUUAUGCUUAUCUAAGAUUGCUUGGGAUAUUUUUCCACCAACCCA